UCUCUCUCUCUCUCUCUCCUAACUCUGUACCCAAAACAAAGAAGCAAAAAGUGACCCAAAAUUAGAGCUGGAACGCUAGGGUUUUUCUUCAAACUCGGACAAGACCCUCUCUCUCGCUCCAACGUCAACUUGGGGAAGAGAGACAAAAGAGUUUAGGGCUUCUUUCAGGACCCUUUUGGGGUUUCACUAAUGGGUCGUCGUUCUUCUGUCAUAAAAUGGUACCAUUUGAAGCUUUUGAUUCUCAUCUGGCUCUGCUUUCUACCUCAAAAAGAUGCGAUUUUUGGCUCGGAUUCGGAUGCAUCAGCUCUCUUGGAGUUCAAGGCCUCAGUUAUGGACCCCUCUGGACUGCUCUCGAGCUGGGAUUCAAGCAAAGCUUCUGAUCACUGCUCCUGGUUCGGUGUCGCCUGCGACUCCGCUUCUCGCGUGGUGGCUUUAAAUAUCAGCGGCGGCGGAGGCGGAGGUAAUUCGGGUUCGGUUUCUUGUGCUAGAAUUUCUCAAUUUCCACUGUAUGGGUCUGGAAUUAGAAGGGCUUGCUCAAAUACUAAUGUUAAAAUUUCUGGUAAAUUGCCACUUGCCGUGUCCAAACUGUCCGAACUUCGGGUCUUGUCACUGCCAUUCAACGAAUUGAGUGGUGAAAUUCCUGAGGAAAUUUGGGGUCUGGAUAAACUGGAAGUUCUUGAUCUUGAGGGCAAUUUAUUAACUGGGUCUUUGCCACUUCAGUUUAAGGGUUUGAGGAACUUGAGGGUUCUGAAUUUGGGGUUUAAUGGGAUCGUAGGGGGGAUCCCAGAUUCGUUCUCAAACUGUUUGGCUCUGCAAAUCUUGAGCUUAGCUGGAAAUCAAGUGAAUGGAACCAUUCCAGAGUUUAUUGUUGGGCUUAAAGAUCUGAGGGGCCUGUACCUGUCGUUUAAUCAGCUCAGCGGGCCAAUUCCUAAUGAGAUUGGACUUAAUUGUGCAAAUCUCGAGCAUUUGGAGCUGGCUGGUAAUGUAUUGACUGAAGGGAUUCCUAGAGGUUUGGGGAAUUGUAGGGCGUUGCGUUCACUCCUCCUAUUUUCAAAUAUGUUGGAGGAGGUUAUUCCAGCAGAUCUUGGUCAACUGCAGCAGCUUGAAAUUUUGGAUUUGUCAAGGAACAGCUUGAGUGGUGCACUACCUCCCGAGCUGGGCAACUGCUCCAAGUUGUCCAUUCUUGUGUUAUCCAACUCGUGGGAUCCUAUUCCUAAUAUCUCGAGAUCAGGUGUCUCUAGUGAAGAAUUUAAUUUCUACGAGGGCAAAAUACCACCAGAAAUUACUAGCGUCCCAAGCUUGAGGAUGAUGUGGGUGCCGAGGGCAACUUUUUAUGGAAAGUUGCCAAGCAAUUGGAGCAGUUGUGACAGCUUGGAGAUGGUGAACUUGGCUCAGAAUUAUUAUACUGGAGAAAUUACUGACGGGUUUAGCAACUGCAAGAAGCUCCAUUUUCUUGACUUGAGCUCAAACAGGUUGUCUGGUCAACUUGUCGAUAAACUUCCAGUUCCUUGCAUGACUCUGUUUGAUGUCAGUGGAAAUUCUUUAUCAGGCUCAAUUCCCAGGUUUUACAACAGCAAAUGUGCUCAUCCCCCCAACACGGAUAGAGAUAUCAGUGAUAUAUCAUCUGCAUACUUGUCAUAUUUUGCUGAAAAAUCUCGACCUGAAAUUCCUUUUGAGUCAUUUGUUGAUGGUGACGGUGUGUAUGUAUUUCAUAACUUUGGGAGUAACAAUUUUACAGGAGCCUUGCAGUCGAUGCCUAUUGCACCUGAUUGGUUGGAGGGCAAUACUAUCUAUGCAUUUUUUGCCAGUAAUAACAAGCUUUCUGGGCCAUUUCCUGGGAAUUUGUUUGAGAAAUGUGGAGAAUUGACUGGUAUGAUUGUGAAUAUCAGCAAUAAUGGAUUUUUUGGUCAAAUUCCUGCUGAUAUUGGUACUACAUGCAGAUCCUUGAAACUUUUGGAUGCCUCCGAAAAUCAGAUAACUGGGACAAUUCCUUCCAGUUUUGGGAAUUUGGCUUCAGUUGUUGCUCUUGACUUGAGCUGGAACCUUUUUCAAGGUCCAAUUCCUAGCAGUCUUGGCCAAUUAAAGGAUCUCAAGUUUCUUUCAUUGGCUGGAAAUAAUUUGACUGGCACCAUUCCCACAAGUUUGGGGCAGUUGCAGUACUUGGAAGUGUUUGAACUGUCGUCAAAUUCUCUCAGUGGUGAGAUUCCUAAAGAUCUUGCAAAUUUGAGGAAUUUAACCACUCUUCUCCUCAACAACAACAAUCUAACGGGACAGAUUCCAUCUGAGUUGGCCAAUGUUGCUACUCUUUCGGUAUUCAAUGUGUCAUUCAAUAAUCUGUCUGGACCACUACCCCAGAAUGGUAACUUGAUGAAAUGUAACAGUGUCCUAGGAAACCCUUAUCUUGGAUCUUGCCAUAUGUAUUCUUUAGCAACCCCAUCUGCAGAUCAGCAGGGAAGAUUUGGGGAUCCACAGAAUUAUGCCGCUACUCCAUCUCCUACUCCACCCCAGAAAGGUGGGAACAGUGGUUUCAACUCAAUUGAGAUAGCAUCCAUAACUUCUGCUGCAGCCAUUGUGUCAGUUCUCAUUGCUCUUGUUGUCCUCUUCUUUUACACCAGAAAGUAUAAUCCAAGGUCUAGAGUUGGGGGAUCGACCAGGAAGGAAGUUACAGUCUUUACGGACAUUGGUGUUCCGCUGACAUUUGAGAAUGUGGUCCGCGCAACAGCAAACUUCAAUGCUAGUAAUUGCAUUGGUAAUGGAGGAUUUGGAGCAACCUACAAGGCUGAGAUUGCACCGGGGGUCCUAGUGGCAAUAAAAAGGCUAGCAGUAGGACGCUUUCAAGGGGUUCAACAAUUUGAUGCAGAAAUCAAAACUCUAGGCAGACUCCGUCAUCCGAAUCUUGUGACUUUGAUAGGAUACCAUGCCAGUGAAACAGAGAUGUUUCUUAUAUAUAACUAUUUGCCUGGGGGAAAUUUGGAAAAGUUCAUUCAGGAAAGAUCUACAAGGGCUGUGGAUUGGAGAGUACUGCACAAGAUUGCCCUGGACAUAGCCCGUGCACUUGCCUACCUGCAUGAUCAGUGUGUCCCACGUGUUCUUCAUCGCGAUGUGAAGCCUAGCAAUAUCUUGUUGGAUGAGGACUACAAUGCAUAUUUGUCUGAUUUUGGAUUGGCUCGUCUGUUGGGAACUUCAGAGACCCAUGCCACGACAGGUGUGGCUGGAACUUUUGGAUAUGUUGCCCCAGAAUAUGCAAUGACUUGCCGUGUCUCUGACAAGGCUGAUGUCUACAGUUAUGGCGUUGUGUUGCUUGAGUUAAUUUCAGAUAAGAAAGCUCUCGAUCCCUCAUUUUCUCCUUACGGAAAUGGUUUCAACAUAGUAGCUUGGGCAUGCAUGCUCUUGAGGGAAGGCCGAGCCAAGGAGUUCUUCACAGCUGGAUUGUGGGACGCAGGUCCCCAUGAUGAUUUGGUUGAAGUUCUACACUUGGCAGUUGUGUGCACAGUGGAUUCCCUAUCAACCAGACCCACUAUGAAGCAAGUCGUGAGACGGCUGAAGCAACUCCAGCCGCCAUCUUGUUAGCUACAGUACAGAGGAGUCAGCUGAUUGACACAUUUGAUGCAUAGAGGGGGUGAGCCCGCGGACUUGCACUUUUGACUGCAGAAGUGCACUCGGGGGUCUUCACGGGCUGCCACUAGAUUCAGAUUUUAAAGUUUAGGUGCUUGUAAAUUGUAGUAUAGCUUCUGCCCCCAUUUUUCCAUAUCAAUGUCCCUGAUUAGAGAGGGGGUUCACUGAUGGAUCUGCAGAAGAAUGCAGAUAUUCGUUUCUUAAGGUUGUAUACAUGUAUCCAAUUUCUGUUUGCUGCUGUGAAAUAAGAGUCACAAAGAGAAUCAUUCUGCAGAACCCGUGCCACUUCAAAAUUGGCCGUGAUAUUUGAUUCUUGUGUACCGUGCCUGAAAUUUUAGAAGUUGCAAUCCCGAAAGGUGUGACUUUUGCCUUC